AUGGUAUUCAAAUUUACUAUAGAUAAUUUGUUGGAAGGGCUCAUUCCCAAUAGUCAGACGUUUAGGUUCCCCCGAUAUAUUAGAAGAUUUCUUGGAAAUCAUAACCCAAGUCCAGUGGCAGAUUAUUGGAUAUGGCUAGAAAUACUUAUAGCAUCGUUUUGUGGUAUAGCAUUAUUGGAAGGAAUUUUCAAGAGUCAUACAGUAUUUAGCGAUCAUAAUGCACCCAUGAUUAUAGCCAGUUAUGGAGCGGCAGCUAUAUUAUGUUUCAAUGCUAGUUCAGCACCACUUGCGCAACCUCGAAAUGUUUUUUUUGGACAAAUAAUAUCGUCAGUUGUAGGUAUGGGAGUAGCCAAACUAUUUGGAUUGUCCAGUAAUGGACGAGAGCAUUAUUGGGCUAGUGGGGCAUUAAGUGUGGCCAUCUCAUCGGUAUUGAUGUCGAUUUGUAAUUGUGUUCAUCCCCCGGCAGGAUCAUCUGCCCUAUUACCUUCUAUCGAUGCCCAAAUACGGAAAAUGAGCUGGUGGUACAUACCGGUACAAAUCAUUUCAUCUUUGUUGAUGAUGGUGGUGGCUUUGAUUACGGGUAAUUUAAUUAGGAAGUAUCCUAUGUACUGGUGGCAUGCAGGUAUACCACAUCACAAUACAGAACCAAAUGUAGAUAUGGAUUUGGAACCAAUAAAGACUACACAUGAUGGAUUAAGCUUUACGCCUCAUUCGCAUGCAAUUGGUAUUAAUUGUCAUGAGAUAAAUAUCCCUACUGAGUUGCAAUUAUCAAGAUUAGAAAUAGAAUGGCUUGAAGUGAUUCAAGAAAAAUUAAUUCAAAUGCCCACUAAAAAUAAUAAUAAAUACAUGUAA